AAAGACAGGAACCCGAUCUAGACUCUGAUCCGGAUUCAUCGAACUAUUAAUCCGCUGAUCUGGAAAUAUAAAAGCCUACCGACAUCUCGACCUUCUGAACAGUUGCACUGCGACGCAUGAACAAUGUUGAAGGUUUUGUUAAUCCUGACAAUUCUGUGUGGUUCCGUUUUCACGGAGGAACCUACGGAAGAUACGAAGCAAAGGAAAAGAGGUAUCUUGGGCGGUAGCGACGGAUGGAUUGGUAUAUCGAAUCCAUAUUCUUACGGACACGGACAACCAUGGGCAGAUAAUCAUAAUCCAUGGAAAAGUAUUAAAUUCGCGAAUAUUAAUUUACAUCACGGAGGAUGGAACGGUUUUGGAAGUUAUGGAAAGGGAAGUUUCACUUUACCAUCCGGAACGGGCCAUGGACCAUUAGUGAAGACACUUCCUGUGUAUAUAACGAAACAUGUGGUCUUGGAAAAACCAGUUCCGGUUCCGGAACCAGUUUACAUAGAGAAACCGUAUCAUAUACCGGUAGAAAAGGUGAUUCCGGUACCGAUCGAGAAAAUUAUCCACAAGCCAGUACCUGUACCUGUACCAGUUCCACAGGCUGUUCCAAUCCCGGUGGAACACGCUGUACCAGUACCGGUGAAACAUCCCGUAGCAGUGCCAGUUCAUCAGCCUUAUCCAGUACCGGUGAAGCAAGGAAUACCGAUACCAGUACCAGUUCCGGUUCCGGUACACUCACCAUAUCCUCCGGUAUUAUCUGGUCCGUUCUACGGUAGAGGUUUUCCGGCCGGUCCCUUCUAUCCAUCGUUACACGGUCAAGCGCACUUUGAUCAUGGCUUUGUCGGGCAUGGUUAUGGUCAUGGAGUUGGUCAUGGCUUCGGUGUAGGCCAUGGCUAUGGUGGCCACGGUUACGGAGGUUAUGGCUAUGGUGGUCACGGCCAUGGAGGUCACGGCUAUGGCCAUGGCUAUGGCUAUGGAUACGGACCGUAUGGAUACGAUCACGCUCAUCAUUACGGUCAUGGUUUUGGUCACGAACGUAAAGAAAAACGAAGUAAAAAUUAGAGUAAAUCGUAAUAGGGAUGAUUACUAUUACUCUUCGUAUAGUUUCAAUUAAAAUGUUC